AUACUAUGAGAAUCUAUAGGGGUCCUCUGUGAUUACACAAAUCAUAUUAAAACAAGGCCCUCUUUCAAAUCCCGCGGACUCUAUCAGCUCUCUGGUUGAUUAAAUUCUUGGGCCGUCGCUGCAGUCAGUCACUGCCACACGCGCCGCCGUACUCCGCAAUGGAGUAUGGAGAAUUUUGUAGUAAAAAAGCCAUGAUAUGCAACCUGUAGCUGCAAAAAUGUCUCAGAGUCAGCAAGCUUUGGCUCUCAUAUCAAAUAUGAUGAAAAUUCCACCUCUAAAAGCUUUUUCAAUCUUUAACUCCAUGACUCUCCAAGGCCUCCAUCACACCCCACAGUCCAUUGUAAUAACUGUCCACCUUCUUCUCUCCUCAAAUAUGCAAUCUCAUGUUCAGUCUCUCAUUCUACAGAUGUUAUCUGGUCACAUUUCCUCUUCAGUAGUCACUCCUCACUCUUUUCUCCAUCUCUUAACAGAACAACACUUAAAUCACAACCCAACUGUUAAAUUUCAUCUCUAUGAAGCAAUUGUAAAUGCUCUUAUAAAAUCUGAGUCUGUAGAGCAAGCCCUGUUUUAUUUUAAUCAAAUGUUUGAUAAGGGUCUUGUACCCAAAUCAAACUUGUUUAAUAAUCUGUUGAGCUUUCUUAUCAAAUCUUCUUGUUUUGAGAAGAGUUGGUUGUUUUUUAGUGAGAAUAAAUGUAGGGUUAAAUUGGAUGCACAUAGUUUUGGGAUAAUGGCUAAGGGAUGUUGUGAGGCUGGCAAUUUGAAAAAGGGAUUUGAGGUUUUUAAUCAGUUGGAGGAUUCGGGUUGGCCUUCUAAUGUUGUUAUAUAUACUACUUUGAUUGAUGGGUGCUGUAAAAAUGGUGAGAUCGAUACAGCUAAAAAGUUGUUUGAUAAAAUGGGUGAGCUAGGUUUGAUUGCUAAUCAGUACACUUACACAGUUUUGAUGAGUGGGCUAUUUAAAAAAGGCUGUAAAAAGGAUGGGUUUGAACUAUAUGAGAAGAUGCAGUUUAAUGGGGUGUCACCGAACUUGUAUACUUACAAUUGUUUGAUUAAUGAGUAUUGCAAUGAUGGAAAAAUAAGUGAAGCUUUUAGACUGUUUCAUGAAAUGUGUGAAAGAGAUGUUGCUUGCAAUGUUGUUACAUAUAACACUCUUAUUGGUGGAUUAUGUAAAGCGAUGAGGAUCUGGGAGGCAGAGAGGUUAUUUUAUCAGAUGAGAAAUGCUAGUAUUAGUCCAAAUUUAAUCACAUAUAACACAAUAAUAGAUGGGUUUUGUAACGUUGGGCAGUUAGAAAAGGCUUUGACAUUCUUUGAUCAAUUAAAGUCAACUGGUCAUUCUCCAUCUAUAGUGACUUACAAUGUUCUCAUGAGAUGUUUUUCUAGAGCAGGAAAUUUAGGUAGAGUUUUUGAUAUAAUUAGGGAGAUGGAGGAGAGGGGCCUAACUCCUUCUAAAGUUACUUACACAAUUUUAAUAGAUGGGUUUGCUCGAUCUGAUGAUAUGGAGAAAGCUUUUCAGAUACAUGCCUUCAUGGAGAAGGCUGGUUUGGUUCCUGAUGUAUACACCUAUGGUGUUUUGAUCCACGGAUUGUGUAUGAGGGGCAAUAUGAAAGCAGCAUCCAAACUAUUCAAAUCAAUGAGUGAGAUGCAGCUGGAGCCGAAUGAUGUUGUAUAUAAUAUGAUGAUUCAUGGGUACUGCAAAGAGGGUAACUCAUAUAGGGCCCUUAGGUUGCUUCAAGAAAUGGAUACGAAGGGACUUGUACCAAAUGUUGCUAGCUAUAGCUCCACCAUUGGUGUCCUUUGCAAGGAUGGGAAAUGGCAAGAGGCUGAGGUUUUACUUAAUGAGAUGGUAGAGUCAGGUUUAAAACCAUCAGUUUCUAUAUAUAACAUAAUAUCGAGAGCCAAAAAAUGUUAGAUGACUGAAGAUUUCAAGCAUUUUUAUUUUCUCUCAGCAACAUGUAUGGAAACAGAGUUGGGAAGUGAUUCAAUGGGCAAAGUCAUACCAAAGCUUUUUCAGCCUCAAUGGUGAGAGCAACCUUGGCCCUCUAACCAGCUGCUGAAUAGAAGAUGGAGACUGUUGCAUAUUGCUGAAAGCCAAGGUAUAUAUCUAUGACCAGAAUGUGAACAUUUGAAUUAAAGAUGAAGAAAUAUUCAAUCAGUGUUAAUAUGUGUAAUAUUAUUGUUUGAUUGGAUUAUUUGAAUAAAAGAUGAAAAAAUAUUCAAUCACAUAGUGAUAUAUCAUCAUUAUAAGUGUUAGUCCUGCUCAUUUAAUUAUUUAACUUCCUCAGCUUUGUUGCUCAUGUUUAAGUUUGUCACUUGCUGAAAGAAAAGCUUGGUAUAAGUGGGCUCAUUGUCUUAUGAGGGAUUAUUACCUUUUGGGUGUUGUUUCGUGAGUUGGAAACUCAUGAAACGACACCCAACAAAGCAAUAAACUAUAUGGACAAUAACUAGAUAUAUUUUUGACACAACUUGGCAUGCGGGUGGCAAUCUGCUGUCUAGAGACAACCAUCUUCUAUAACACAUUUCAUCAUUAUCUUUUGUUUAAGUAGAAAAACAAUAAUUUUUUACCGGAUCAAGAUGAGAUAAUUAGGAUAUCUUCAUAUAAAACUAAAUUAGGAAAUUAAUUUUCAAAUUUUAAUUUAAUAUGUAAUAGAUAAGAUUGUAAUCUAACCUCUUCAUAUUUAUAAAGAAUGAGACUUUGAACCUCUAUUACAUA